GACUCAUAAUUGUGAAUGAUGUUAGUAUAGUCUUGUGGAUGGACUAAAAUUCUUACAUAAGCUCUAUUUGAUCCUGCGAAGAAGUGGUUAUUUGCCUGGCUUGGCUCCAUAAUGAAUUCUUUGCAGCAGAUGAUAAUACAACAACUGCUGCAGCAGCGACAACAGAUGCAGCAGCACCUACACAUGCUGGAACAACAAGAGAUGCUGCUGCAACAACUAAAACUGCAGCAGCCCAAACACAAAUUGCAUCAACAAAUGCUGCAGCAAUUACAACAACAUAUGCUGCAGGAACAACAAGAGCUGCUGCAGCUAGAAGAAAAACUGCAACAACAAAUUCUGCAGCAGUUACAACAGAUGCAGCAGCAGCAGCAGCAGCCCGAACAAGAAUUGCAUCAACAAGUGUGGCAGCAAUCAGAACAGGUGCUGCAUCAAAUAAAUGAGCUGCUGCAGCUAAAAGUAAAACGGCUACAACAAAAACUGCAGCAGUUACAGCAAGAGUGUCAGCAGCAACAACAAGAGAUUCAGCAGCUACAACAAAUACUGCAUCAACAAAAUCUGCAGCAGUUACAACAACAACUGGAGCAAGUACAAUUGUAAUUACCAGACCUGUAAUAAUGUUAAUUUGCCAUAGAUUCAUCAAUAUCUUUAUUUUAUCUACAUGCACUGUAGACAGUACUUCUCCAGCCCUGCUGUUACCUACAGCAACAACUUGUGCCUCUUGUCUUCCUCGCCAUGUACCUCCACAAUGACCAGCUCUUCUUCUGUCCUUGCUGCCACUAGUGGAUCAGCUACUCUUCCUGAUGACAAAACUGAAGUUAUGAACUUCAUCAAGCAAGAACCUAUGGAUAUGGACGUCAAGAAGAAGCUCUCGUCACCUGAGGGCGUUGAUGUCAAAGUUAAAAUGGAGAUCAAGACCACAAAGUUAAAGAUCAGCUGACUUCACCUGAGAGCAACUUCUAUUCAAAGAAUGUUGAUGGUCUCUGAUGUUCCAUACAUCUAGUGCAAGUGUGCUCUGGUUCGUGAAAUAAGCGAUUGUAACUUCACAUCAAAACAUGUUUUUGGGGAAACCCGUGAUCCUAGCAGCUCAAAAGAAUCCAUUCCUAGCAGCUCAAACACAUUACUGUUCGGUUAUAGAUUACUGAGCUUCGUUUCUAGAUAUGUGUAGUUUGUUUUUAUCAUUUGAAUGAAAGAAAUUUUAGGUACAGGUACACGUCCUUCAUGCAUAUUGUCCAGCGUUCUAUUGCGCCCGUGCAACUGUUCUUGUGGUCCUAUUAAAUCCUGGGGCAUUUGAUCUUGGCAGAUUUGAUGUCAGAUGGUUUGACCGUGGGCUGGUUUGAAGCUGGGUGCUUUGGCCGUGGGCUGAUUUGAUGCCAGGCGCUAUAAUCGUAGGCUAGGCGUUCCGAUUUGGUUGAUGUAUGCUGGCAAAUUUCUGGUGUGUUGAAUUGAUGCUGUCAGUAACUGCUUUCGAAUUCGCAUUCAUGUUACUUGUAUUGCAUUUUACUCAUACUUCUAAAUUUGAAUAUUCAAGAUUUUUCCUGCUUCAGAAAUUAAUGUUGAAAUGUAGAUGAGCAAAAUAUUUGUUUGUAGUUUUGGAUAAUAAUAGUGUGUACAUCAUAAUAACUUGUUAGUUUUAAGUUACCUGCAAAUUCAGUGAGGCUGUGAUUUCUCAGUUAAGAAUGUAAAUUUGCCAUAGUUUGGCAGAUUUCUUCUGAUGAGCUAAAUGUAAUGCUCUUACGCACGGUUUACAGCUAAUAAAUGUAAUGCUCUUACGCACGGUUUAGUGCUAAUAAAUGUAAUGCUCUUACGCACGGUUUAGUGCUAAUAAAUGUAAUGCUCUUACGCUCGGUUUAGUGAUAAUAAAUGUAAUGCUCU